AUGGCGGAUUCCGACGCAACAAAGGCAGCCGGCCGCAGGCCCUCCGUCACCACGGACCGGCUGGACCCAUCCGCCGACAAGCUGAAAUUGGACUUGGAGACCCCGAGCCCGAGUGCCGUGAACUCCGACUCAGAGGGUCCGGAUGUCGGGAGGCAAAUCGAACUAGAGGCCCGCAACUCCAUCAAAUACCGAACAUACCGCGGCGCUGCUUUUCUCCGAGUACAUCUGUCUCGCGAUCAUGUCGUUCCCCCCGGGUCCUAUGCAACCCUGGGGCUUGUGCCGGGAUUGAUUUUAACUGUGGUGAUUGCUGCAAUUGUGCUCUAUACCUCACUUAUCGUCUGGAAGUUCUGUUUGCGCCAUCCACAUAUCCGCGAUGUGUGUGAUAUCGGCCAACAUCUCUUUUGGAAUUCGAAAAUCGCAUGGUAUUUGACGGCCGCGAUGUUUCUUCUGAACAACACGUUCAUCCAGGUGCGCUUGAUUUCCUUCUCUCAGUUAAUUGAUAUCAGUGAUAUGACUAAUGUUCCUUUAGGGCUUGCAUUGCUUGCAACCUUCUCGGCGCUGACCACAUUCAUCUCAGUUCUGCUGGCCAUGAUCUUUUCGGGAAUUGAGGAUCAUCCGGCGGCCUAUACCCCUGCCAAAGGCGAUCCCAUUGUCAGAGCUCUCCCGGUCCCGGGAACAACUUUUGUUUCUGGCGUCGGUGCUUUUCUGAACAUCAGCUAUACAUUCAUCGGUCAGAUCACCCUGCCUAGUUUCAUCGCUGAAAUGAAGGAGCCCAAGGACUUUUGGAAAUCGGUCACCGUUGUCACCAUUGCUGAAAUCAUCGUAUUCAGCCUGGCGGGAUCCAUUGUGUAUGUCUACACUGGCAACCAGUACAUGACCGCGCCCGCGUUUGGUUCGCUCGGCAACGAGGUGUACAAGAAGGUGUCCUUCUCCUUCAUGGUCCCAACUUUGAUCUUCCUGGGGGUACUGUACGCGUCCGUGUCUGCGCGGUUCAUCUUUUUCCGUCUGUUCGAGGGUACCCGUCACAAGGGUAAUCAUACUGUGGUUGGCUGGGCUGCCUGGACCGGCAUCCUGGCUGUCCUAUGGGUUUUAGCAUUCAUUAUUUCCGAGGUGAUUCCAUUCUUCUCGGACCUGCUCUCGAUAAUGAGUUCCCUAUUUGAUUCAUUUUUCGGGUUUAUCUUCUGGGGCGUGGCAUACCUCCGGAUGAGGCGGGAGGACUACGGACCGGGUUUUUAUAAAAACCGAGGCUUUCGCGGCUGGGCCGGGUUCUUGCUCAAUAUCACUUUAAUUGGUAUUGGCCUGUUUUUCUUGGGGCCAGGUACCUAUGCUUCCAUUGAUAGUGUGAUCUUGAACUAUCGCGCUGGUACUGUGGGGAGCCCCUUCUCCUGCGCCAGCAACGGAUUGGAGGAGGAUUCUAAUGAGAAGGAUGACAAGAUCGUUCGGAUGCAUCGGAUUCCCAUUGUCUUGAGUUCACGCGGCGGGGAUGAGAUUUGCAGCUUUACUGAGUCAACGUAUCACCCUUAUAUGGGCCAAUGCAAAUUUACUGUCGCGAGUAAGAAGCCUCUGCGGAGUAGCCGCGGCUGUUCUGCAAAUAAGGAGGCUUGGAGACCACAUGGGGCCCGUGAUGGGAUCUUGGACAAGACACAUCUUGUUCCUUACUCGCAACCAGUGCCGAGACAGAGAGUCGCCGUAAUCAUCGUACCUUUGAAAGCUCUGAGAGUAGGCAUUAUCGGCCCGCCGAUCGGAACCGGAACCUUGCCCGCGGAAAUGCCCUAUCGCCAUGUGACUUUCCCGCUAUCGGAGCGUGACCCCGCUCCUCAUCUUCGCAUCCCCCUCGACGGAAUUCUUUCUUUCUGUAAUUCUCCCCCUGCUUCUUCAGAGUCCAUCAUGUCUGCUGUACGGCCCUUGAGAAGAGGUCUUCACCUCCUGGGAUCGAAGUCGCUCCCCCGGUCCGCCCCUGUCGCUGCCAAUGGCUCCUCUCUGCUCCGGCGGCAGCUCGCUUCUCCGCGCGGCCUCCGCACUCCUCUUGUUGCUGUUGCCCGCCCAUAUCCCCGGCUCAACUCUUACGGGACAGUUCGCUGUGCCUCAUCGGCUCCCUCGGGGCCAGUAAAGAGGACGCAGCUCUACGACCUCCAUAUCGCCCGGGGUGCAAAGAUGGUGCCCUUUGCGGGGUAUUCUAUGCCCCUGCAGUAUUCGGAUCUCAGCCAUGUGGAGAGCCAUAAAUGGACCAGAGAGAAGGCAAGCCUAUUCGAUGUCAGCCACAUGGUGCAGCAUCAUCUGAUUGGCCCUGGUGUCCAGGAAUUUCUGAUGAAGAUCACCCCGUCUUCCGUCGAUCAGCUCAAGGACAACCAAUCGACGCUGUCUUGUCUGCUCGAAGAAGGCACGGGCGGUAUCGUUGAUGACACCGUCAUCACCCGCCGCUCCGCGGACACUUUUUACUUUGUCACCAAUGCCGGGCGCCGCGACGAGGACCUAGCCUUCCUGGAAGCCGAGAUCGACGCGUACAAGAAGGCCCACGGGCCCGAUAGCUUGAAGUGGGAAAUCCUCAGUGACCGGGCCCUUGUCGCUCUGCAGGGCCCCCUGGCCGCACAGGUCCUCCAGGCCUACAUCCACGGCGAUGGCCCUGAGACCGACCUUAGCACCCUGUACUUCGGCAACUGCCGUUCUCUCUACCUCACUCUCCCCGACGGCUCCCGCACCCCGCAUCCCGUCCUGAUCUCUCGUACCGGCUACACCGGUGAAGACGGCUUUGAGAUCUCCAUCCCAUCAGGCGGCCACCCCACUCUUCCGACGCAAGUGACAGACCUCCUCCUCUCCAACCCAGACCAGGUACGUCUCGCCGGUCUCGCCGCUCGCGACUCGCUUCGUCUCGAAGCCGGCAUGUGUCUCUACGGCAACGACAUCUCCACCGCACAGACUCCCCCCGCCGCAUCUCUCGGUUGGGUCGUCGGCAAAGGCCGACGGGACCCCACCUCCGCGAACUUCAACGGCUCCUCCGUCAUUCUCCCGCAGAUCGCUUCCCCAGCUACAACCCUCUCUCAGCGUCGCGUCGGAUUUACGGUCGAGAAGGGCUCUCCUGCGCGCGAGGGCGCCGUCAUCGUCGAUCUGAAUGACGACUCCCGCACCCAGAUCGGCGUCGUCACCUCCGGUCUUCCCAGUCCCUCGUUAGGUGGAACGAACAUCGCAAUGGGCUAUAUCAAGCAGGGCAUGCAUAAGAAGGGAACCGAAGUCGGUAUCUUGGUCCGUAAUAAAGUGCGUAAGGCCUCUGUCGUCGGUAUGCCUUGGGUAGAGAGUAAAUUCUACCGUCCUAAGGCUUGA